AGAACCCGGAGAGAGAGAGAGAGAGAUGACUCGGCAUUCAUCUUCUUCCCCAUUUGGAUUCAAAGGAUGAGAGAUUCAAACCCUAGCCCUUGAAUUUUUCGCAGCCCUCCCCCAUUUCCAUCAAUAUUGCUCCUUAGAGAUCGGUUCGGCUCUUUUGAGAGGCCUGCUGCGAGCUUCGGGCAUAAUCCCUUCCGGGUUGACCUCCUUGUAAAGGGGUUUGAAGUCGGAGACGCCUAUCUCAAAUGGGCACCUCUUCUGGGGCAAACUUCCAUCAGAAUCCCUCUUCAAAAAUGCUGCCCCCACGCCAGCACAAUAGGCCUGCAGGACUACAUACCUCCCUAUCCCUGGCCUCAUCAGAUGCUGGAGGUUCACCUGAUGUCCAGGAACCUGCUUCUAAUUCAGAUCAUAAUCAUGAUUCUCCCUCUGAAAGUGCCAGCUCACAGGAGACCUGGCCCAUUGAGCAUAAUCAACCUGAUGCCAUUGUUACUAAGAGUUUAGAGAAGGAAAAGGAAGGAGAAAAUGGAUUUCCUGAACCUCAGGUCAUUCGUAGGGUUUCCAAUGCUGACAAGUUAUCACUUCGUGAAGUUGCUCGUGAAAGAGUCGAGAUUGUUUCUGAUAAAAUGAUGGUUCUUCCCGAUGAGCUCCUUGAAGAGCUUAAAACUGAACUAAGGGUGAUCCUUGAAGGCACUGGAGGAUCUCAGCACAGGGAGGAGUUCUUGCAUUUGCAGAAGCUUGUGCAAGGGAGAGGUGAUUUGACUGCUAAAUCUCUUGUCAGGGCACACCGAGUGCAAUUGGAAAUUCUUGUUGCUAUAAACACAGGAAUCCAAGCUUUUCUACACCCAAAUAUUAGUUUGCCCCAGAAUAAGCUCAUUGAGGUUUUCUUUUACAAGAGAUGUAGGAACAUAGCUUGUCAGAGUGCACUUCCUGCUGAUGACUGCAGCUGUGAGAUAUGCACUAAUCGAAAUGGUUUCUGCAAUCUUUGCAUGUGUGUAAUUUGCAACAAAUUCGAUUUUGAGGUCAAUACAUGCCGCUGGAUUGGUUGUGAUCUGUGUUCCCACUGGACUCACACUGAUUGUGCAAUACGUGGUGGUCAGAUAGGGAUGGGAUCUUCUUCCAAGAGUGUGGUAGGAUCCCCUGAGAUGCUUUUCAGAUGCCAAGCAUGCAAUAGGACAUCUGAGUUGUUGGGAUGGGUUAAAGAUGUGUUUCAACACUGUGCUCCUUCAUGGGAUAGAGAAGCUUUGAUGAGAGAACUUGAUAUAGUCAGUAGGAUUUUUCGUGGGAGUGAGGACCCUAGAGGAAGGAAAUUGUUUUGGAAGUGUGAAGAUCUUGUGGAAAAGAUGAAAACUGGAGCUAAUGAUUCCACAGCUUGCCGAAUGUUGCUCAUGUUUUUUCAAGAGCUUGAGAUUGACCCGACAAAGAGUUCUGAGAGUGAGGAAGCAGGUAGGCUGAUUGCUCCUCAGGAAGCUUGUAAUAAAAUUGCCGAAGUGGUCCAAGAAGCUGUCAGAAAGAUGGAGAUGGUUGCGGAGGAGAAAAUGCGCAUGUUUAAACGAGCUCGUCUAGCUCUUGAAACCUGUGACCGUGAGCUAGAGGACAAGACCAGAGAAGUUUCAGAGCUCAAAAUGGAGAGGCAAAGGAAGAAACAGCAGGUUGAGGAGCUGGAGAGUAUUGUCAGGCUCAAGCAGGCAGAAGCCGAAAUGUUUCAGGUGAAGGCAAAUGAGGCCCGGCAGGAGGCAGAGAGGCUUCAGAGUAUUGCCCUCGCAAAGUCUGAGAAAGCCGAGCAGGAUUAUACUAGCCGAUAUCUGAAACGGCGUUUAGAUGAAGCCGAAGCCGAGAAGCAGUACUUGUUUGAGAAGAUGAAGCUUCAGGAGAGUCAGCGGGCACCACAUGGAAACAGCAGUGUUGGUGCUGUUGGUGGUGGUGGUGGCAACAGUGCUGGGGGCAAUGACCCUGCUCAGAUGUUCAUGCUGAGCAAAAUCCAAGAGUUGGUGAAGAAUGUGUAUAGCCUUCCUCCAAAGUCUGAAGGCCAGCAGUCUACUGAUCACCUCUCUCGCGGUCAAGUUCCUUGACGGAAUAGAAUUAUUCUUACCAGUUUAACCAUAAUUAUCCUGGUUGUUAUUUCAUGGAUUGAGUUGAAGAUUCUCAUGCCAUCCUCUGAACUAGUGUGUUAUUGUAAUAUGUUCAUAUAUGUUUAGUGCGUAUGUAUCUGGUGCUACUAGGAGAUUCAGUGAUUCACCACCUUGUACCAGUACUCUUCUUUCAAUGAAUUUUAUUUACCGUUAA